UCUGAUGUUUGUCAGUCAGCAGGUAACAUGGGAGCAGAUAGGACCCUGUCACUGGCAUCAGAGUGUUUACCCACUGACAUCCAGGUUCUGAUGCUUCAGACUGUUUCCUUCCAAGGGUCAUUUUUGGAUUUCACUGGUCAACAAACCCAGCUGUUGUUAGAAAAUGCUGAUAUAUGUCACGUACGGGUUGCUGUUCACAUACUUGGCCUUGCCUGGGAUCUUACUCGGGGAUUUGGCCUUCCGAUGUCCGAGCUGCACCGCGGAGCGCUUGGCGGCGUGCCCCAAAGUCACAGCGCUAUGUACAGAGAUAGUGCGUGAGCCGGGCUGCGGAUGCUGUCCGAUGUGUGCCCGGGUGGAGGGGGAGCUGUGCGGGGUCUACACACCACGCUGCUCCGGGGGCCUGAGGUGCUACCCGAGCUCAGGGGCCAACUUUCCUCUGCAGCAGCUCAUCCAGGGUUUAGGUCGAUGUGGACAUCAGGUGGAAGUAGAUGUCACGACAAGUCUGAACAACCAGGCAGCAACAAAUGAGGUGCACGGGACGGAGAAUCCACUCACCAAGAGGCCGGCCAUAGACGCCUGGUCCUGGCAGGCCAUGAAGCAGCACAUGAACGAGCGCAAAUCCAAGAUGAGGAUAAAUCCGCCGGAGGACCCGCGGAUCCCGAGAGUGUCUCAGAGCGCCUGUCAGCAGGAGCUGGACAUGGUCUUGGAGGAGAUCUCCAAAAUGACCUCUGAGGACAACAGAGGCCCGCUGGAGGACCUGUACGGGCUCAAGUUUCCAAACUGCGACAGACACGGACUGUACAACCUCAAACAG